UCCGAAUUUGCAAGGAAGCAACGCGAAGCGGCAUUCUAGGAAUACAAUCGUGUCAGUUUCUGGAUUGCUUGCAGUUCAACUGUCACACAACACAACGCAACAAAACGUAAGAGAGUCUUUUCAAAAACGAUAGUAAAACGCAUAUAUCCACACACACGCACGUCGUGCACAGACGUUCAUUGAUCACACCGAAUAAAUUAUCCAUCCUCUACAAGAACAACGCGAAUAUGUCGGACGAUCUACAGGCCUUGAAUGCACAGAGGCAGGCCAUGGAAUCCGAGGCGCAAGCCAUAACAAACGAACUGACGGAAACCCCAGCCAAUACUGACGGUGACGGUGGCCCAGGUUUACCCAUGGGUAUCGAUACUCCGUUGGUGGAUAGCGACGGGUUUCCACGUGCUGAUAUUGACGUCUACCGGGCUCGUUCUCUGCGAGCCCGUCUCGCCGAGAUUCGGUCAGAUCUCCAGAAUCUCAUGAAAGAAAUAGAAAGUCAUUUGCAGAAACUGGCCGUGCUACGGAAUCCUGCGAAAAAGGAGGAAACUCAACAAGAAUACGCCGCCCCUCCACAGCGUGUUACGUCAGCUCCAACGUUGUCGGACGACCAUCAGAAUCUGCAGGAACUGAAACCUUUUGCCCGGAUCAACGCUGUUGCCGUAGACUCUCCGGCUGCUGAAGCAGGCUUAUUGGAAAACGACUUGGUGCUCCAAUUCGGAAACAUAACGAUGGCAAGUGCGGUCUCUCCCAUGAAUGAAGUUGCUGAGCUCGUUCCGGUAGCGGCAGGCAAUCGUGAGACCAUUCCAGUUCGUAUUCAAAGAGGCGGAAGGAGCGGCGGCAAUACGGAAGCCUCAAUUGAGAUGUUAGAACUUGCUUUGACCCCGCGCCCUUGGGCUGGGCGAGGCGUCGUAGGUUGUCACAUUGUUCCGUAUGUCGAAACGGAGGGAAACUCGUAUUCAAGCGAGUGAGGAAGAACAAAUAGCGGACGGCUGCCCGUCGAAUCAAAUACCUUACUAAUAGACUUGUCAUGCAUUUGCUACUG